AUGCUCAAAAUUCCUUGUAAGUAUCAUCCAAAUUCAUCAGUGGAAAGAAUAUGUGCAAGUUCGUCUUGCAAAAGAGAUCCAACAUUAUGUUGGGAAUGCAUGAUUGAUGAAGCUGAUCAUGCUAGAAAUCAUCGCGAUGUUAUGAUUGAUUUUGACAAUUUCACUACUAGACUAGAUGAGGAGUUCAGAAAUGUUUUGGAGAAGAGGAAGAAAGAUUAAUAAUUGGCUAUGGAAGGUCAUUUGAAGUUAUUGCAUACCAAACAAGAUUUCAUUGAUAGAUAUGAAUCAUAGAUCAAUAACAGGAAAUGUUGGGUUGAUUACAUUAUAGCUGAUACGAUGAAUCUGUUAACUUCACUAUUAGAGAAGGUGAAGGCUGAACUUUAUGAACAUUACGAUGAACGAUUUCUUCAAUAUUAAAAUUCGUUAAAUUUUUUAGUUUAAUCCAUACAACAUAGGUAUGGCUUAGUUCCACUUCCAACAAAAGAAGAAAUGAUGAAUUCACUAUAAGAGUUGUCAAAAUAAAACAAGGAAUGCAACACCUAUGUGUCUGAGUUGAAGAUCAAAUUACUGCCACCUGAAGACUUAGGCAAAAACUUGGCAUUUAUUGACACUUUUUAAGAAUUUCAAAUAUAAAAUGAGAUUGUUGAGGAAUUAGAGAAAUAGUGGGCAGAAACACCUUAGUCUGAUCCUGAAAAUCCAACAUUUUAACAGGAAUAAAACUUUGUAGAAAUCAUGAACUCAAUUAAAUAAUAAUGUGAAGUACUUAUGGAUGAAUUCAAAGUAUAAAUCAAUUUAAAAGAUUUAAUACUCUCAAGAAAUACUCAAUAUUAAAAUCCUGAUGAAUCUUUGAACAUUUUAAGCGAUGUCAAGAAUUAAACUUCUGAUCAGAAAUUAACAAAAACCCAAAGACAAUAUGAUAGUCCAAAACUAUUCGAAACCCUCUAACCUAAUUCUCCUGUUUAUAAUGCUGGGAUUGAAAAUAAUAAUUCUUAAGCCUUAAAAUUCUAGUCCAGUUAAUAAAGUAGAAUUUCUAGUUCAUCACGCAUUAAAUUUUACAGAACUGUUGAAACAUCAUAAAUGAGAGGAGUUACAAGUUUAUUAUAGGUGGAUUAGAGGACUAUAGCAUCUGGUAGUAGAGAUAAGACAAUCAGAAUUAAUAAUUUGGAGGUUCCUCAAUAAAGUUUCACUUUAGAAGGACAUGUUGAUUAGGUGACAGCUCUUUGUAUGUUUUAAGAAAAGUUAUUGAUAUCAGGAGGAGGAAAUCUUGAUUCUUCUAUAAUUAUUUGGUCCUUGUCCACUAGAAAGUAGAUUAAUAAAUUAACAGGACAUUAAUCUGGAAUCACAUCUCUAAUUGAGUUAUCAGACAAUCAUAGUAUAUUAAGUGGUAGUUAUGAUAAUUUGGCUAUCAUUUGGAAUGUUACUUCAGGUAAAUCUCUUUGUGCAUUGAAAAAGCAUACAGCCAUGGUUUCAUGUCUCCAACUUGUCAAAAGAGAUAUUGUUGUAACAGGCUCAUGGGAUAGAACUUUAGCUAUUUGGUAGUUGUAUUUUGAGGGUGAAGAAAUAGUUUCUGCUUCUUAUUUGAGAGACAUUAAAACUGAAGGUGCUGUGUUAUGUGUCAAAAAGUAUUCUGAAAGAAGUAUCAUUUUUGGAGGAACUUCCAAUAAAGUUUCAGUGGUUGAUUGGAUGAAUGGAGAGAUCAAACUAAAGUUAAAUACAUCUUAAUUUGGUAUUUGCGAUAUCAUUUGUUCUGAUUAUCUAUUGGGAUUAGGAGCUAGCGAUUCUACUAUUAGAUUGUGGGUGAAUAACUAAGAAAUAGAAGUCUAUCGAGAUCAUAAAAUUAUUAUUAAUAAUUAUAAUACCAAUCCAAAAAUGAUAUAGGUUGGCAAGAAUCAGAUUGCUGUUAUUAAUAAUAAAGACGAAUAGCCUCAUUUCAAUAUAUUUAUUAUUGAAUGA